AUGAAGGUGCUUUUGCACGCUUGCCACUUCGAAUACGAACAUGUCCCCGGGACGGCCUCUCCGAAUCUUCUCUACCAGAUUGCGAGCACUUUAAGCUCUUUUGAGAUGGGCCCCGUGGUUGCCAUGUUUGCACCCGCCUGGCUGGAUAGCAUCCGUGAUACGAUCCAUCCGCCACAGGAUGAGCCUCGCGAGCGGCAAGCGGCAGUUUCUCCAAGGAAGCGCAAACGCUCGCGCCGCGAGUUGGAGGCAGGUGCGGAGGUAGGUGGCUCUUCUCAUGAGAAUGAAACCUUCGAUGGCGUUUCUGAGGACAUGUUUCCAUCUGCUCGUUCGGCACAUACACAACCACAGGCCUUGAAGCUGGAGCACGAAAGCGUCAGUCUAUACGCUGCAGAACGUUCUGACCAUGGCUCUGGAGAAUCAUUGACAGUCAUGAGCAUCGUCCCAGACAGCGAUCGUGUGAUCCUCAUCUCCUGGGAGCUCGGUGAUAAGCAGCUUUUUCUCUGCGCAGCAAGGACCCUCAUCAAUGACUCUGGUCUUGGCGAUUACGGAGAAGUCGUCGGUCCUUCUGAUUUAGUUCUCACGAAUCACAUAUACAAUGGACGGAUGAUGGGCAUGAUCGACAGGAUCAUACGGGUGCGAGCCGAUAUUGUUGCAAUGGUCUUCAAACUCCUUUUGGAGAUGCAGAGCAAGCUUUGCCACAGCUUGAGCUGCACAGUGCAAGGCUGCAACACGGAGAGACAAGAAAACUGCGCCAGAGUCAUUCUCGGCGCUUUCGGUCAGUUCCUUCUUCAAAACCCCGACCUCAACUUUCUUGACAGGCCAGCCGCAUACAAGGGUACCGUGCGGGACCUUGUCCACAGACUUCAGUACGGGGCCUCGGUACGUGUUCGCGCCAAACAUGCAAACUGCAAUGCCUUUGCCGAGGCGGUGGCGCGGAUCACGGACUAUCACCUCGACGUGAUGCGAAGUGUGAGACUUUCCGCAGACCAGGCUACGCACAUGGGUUUGCGAUCGGCGACAAUAUAA